GAACAGUUUCCACGCACACAUAUAUGAAUACGGCUGCUGGAAGAUCACGUGAUUUAUAAGAAUCAGUCGCCGAGAAAGAGAAAGUGAAAGCAGCGGCUGCUGUAACACCUGAUCUCCUUCAUGACUCCGCCUUCAGAAAUAUAGUAACCGAAAGCACAAGAUUUCUGUUAAAACUUCUUCUACCCUCCGCUUGCAGUAGAGAAGCUGCCCAGAGCUCCCUGCUGUCAAUCACCUAUGUUUCACUGGAAGAUCACAGAAUACAUUCAUGCUCUGCCCUUCUAUCAGAACUUUGUGUUAGAGCCCAGUUCACACUGAAGCUUCAUGGAGCCUCAGAGAGGACCUGGCUGCCGAUGAGCGAGUGGGAAAGAGCCGAUGAUGGAGAGCCUGCUUGUGAAAACAGACGAAACCGGUGCAGUGGGCUGUCAGGAAGAGGAUUUUCCAUUCUAGGAUGGUCAGAGACAGCCUGGACAGAACAUCUGAUCAGAACCAGAAACGGGAGCCAGCAGCUGAGCCACAGAGUCCGAGACAGAACACAGAGGAGUCCGAUCGACCCGAACCAACAGCAGAAAAAAUUAACACAGAAAACAAGGACCCUGCAGGAUCAAAGCUAGACUUUCUGCUCUGGUGCAAACUCAAAUUCGAGGAGGAGCCUGAGUCCUGGAGGCUGCCAGAGUCUGGAGCAGAUGCUGACAGCUUGCCCUCACACAUCCGUCCAUUCACCAGCUUUGCAGAGUAUCGUCUGGUCAAACUCACCUACCUACAGCUACAGGAAAGCGGUUUCUACUGGGGGCCCAUGACCAUGGAGGAAGCACACCAAAGACUCACUCACGCAGCUCUGGGAACUUUCCUUCUCAGGGACAGUGGCCAGCCCGAUGUUUUCUUCACUCUCAGCUACCAAAGCGAAGACGGCCCCACCAGCGUCCGUGUCCAGCUGAACAACCUGCUCUUCAGCCUCCAUGGCAGCCAAAAAACUUUUCCUUCACUGUUCGCUCUGCUUGCCUUCUACACCAGCUCCCCCUGUAGGCUGACUGAGCCCUACCGCAGGCAGCGGCCUGAGCGCCUAAAACAGAUGUGCAGGAGAGCUCUCGUACGAACCUACGGUGCCGAAAGUAUAUGCACCUCACCUGGACUCAGCCCUGAUGUUAAGGCUUAUGUCAGUGCGUACCCGUACUGUACAUAGACAAACCUGUGGGGCAGUGUCUUUUACUGUAUUUAGAUGUCAUUUAUUAAGUUAAAAACUGUGUAUUUGUUGUUUUUGUAUUUUGCUGGAGACAAUUUGGUACCACAUGUAAUGAGAAAACAGAUUGAAAGUGUUUUAUUCAUGACUUGCAACAUUAUUGUAUGCUUGACAGUUCAAUCAGCUCCAUUUAAUCUGACUGUUCUUGUUAGUAAAAUCAUUUCAGACAUUUUUUACCUUUAAUAUGACAUCUAUCCUGUGCUUCACUAGAAGCCUUUGGCUAAGUCCAAACCUGAGUCUGAUUUACCCCUCAGAAGUCAACAAAUUUGGAGUUUUGUUUUCACAGCAGAACUUCACAGGUUAAAGGUCAUAUGGUGGAGAAGGUUGUCAAAUUGUUUAUCUUGUUCUCAUCUUUUUUGCAUCAUAAAAUCCAGACAUUUUAACAAGGAUGUGAAUCUUUAGCUGUACUCUUUUAAAAUCCUGAGGCAAAUGAGUAAACUUUUAAUACAAGAUGUUUUUAGAUAGGAUGUUGCCUAAAAACAUCUUCAGGCAACAUGUUGCAAAACUGUACCUCAUGCUAUUAUGUGGAGAAACUGAGAAAUGCCAUUGCUGCAAGUGUCUUUAUAGUUAAUAACAUUUGAUCUGUGAACAACAACAUCAUCUGUGGUAUGCUUAGUAUUUUAUUUCAGGAAAACAAGAACAUAAUUUUCAAAGCAUUUUAUGGUGAAUUACAUAAUUGCCAUGAGUAAGCGACAUGUUACAAAUUAAGAAAUUAAUAUCUUUUCUGUCUCAUGCAGCGUUUCCAUUCCGUCUCAUACAGAAUGGACAGAAAAGUGCUUCUGUCCAUUUUUGUGGACAUGAAUGCCUCAUUUGAAUUAAGGCAUUUGCAAAAACAUUACUUUGUUUUUUGGCAGUUUUAUUUUUCUGUUUAGAUUUGUUUAUUUUUCAGUGUUGAAUUUUGUUCCAUUCUGCAUUUGUUUUGUAUGUUAUCUUAUGCACAAAUCAAACAGUUAUGCACUGAACCCAAAGAUUGCACUUUGGUUGUUCUAGUUGGAGACAUUAGAUUUAGUUUUACUAAUGUGUGCAAUUUUAAAACUAAUUCAAAACUUGAA